AUGGCAUCUUCUCCACCAAUCCCCACCACUCGUCUCCGCCAAAUCUGCACCGACGCCUGCGACGCUGCCAUCUCGAGCGCCUCGGUCUAUGAGCACGCCCAGACCCAGACAUGGAACCAGGAUAUCAUCAACUCCAUUCUACGCUCCCUCAUCUCAGAGAGCAGCUCGGGCGAUGAACCGCCACAGUACAAGUUCGUCGUCAACACGACCAUCAUUCAACACUUGAGCGACCCGCGGUCUGCCGGCGAGGAGAGCGUGAGUCUCGGCGGGGAUAAAGAGAAGAAGGUGGGACGACGAGGCAUGCACAGUGCAAGCGGGGCCUUCUGGAACAACGAAAAGGACGGCAUGUGGAGCUACAAGUACGGCGGUGGUGAGGGCAAGGGUAUGGACAUCGUAGUGAGUGUCAUGUGGGUCGCUGUUUAG